AUGGCUGUGUUCUUCGCUGUGACUUUCCUGGCUUUGGCAUGUCCUUUACUGGCAUUUGACAUGGGCCAGUCCACACGUUGCGUCACCAUCCCCAACCAGAUGAAGGUCUGCAAAGACAUUGGAUACUCAGAGAUGCGGCUUCCCAACUUUUUGGGCCACAGUAACCUGGAAGGGGAAGUGGUGCCACGUUCAGAGGACUGGAGGCCCCUGUUGCAGACCGGCUGCCACCCUCAAGCCCAGGCCUUCCUCUGCUCCCUCAUUGCUCCUGUCUGUCUUGAUACUUUUAUCCAGCCCUGCCGGAGUCUGUGUCUGACAGUGAGGCAAAGUUGUGCCCCAGUGCUUGCCUGCCAGGGACACCCAUGGCCUGAGGCUCUUGACUGUGACCGCUUCCCUGCUGAGGAAGACAUGUGUCUCUCUCCCCAUGCAAAAUUCAGCCACUUUGCUAAAGGCUUACCUAAACCUGCCUGCCAACACUGUCCUUCUGUGGAGGAGGCUCCUGCAAUGAAAACAGUCCUGGAUGCUUUUUGUCACCACCACUUUGCCGUGACAGCCAAACUUCAUCGCCUUCGCAUCUCCACAGGAGAGCCAGAAUUCGUGAUCGAGGGCCGCGUUGAGUUCAUCCGUCAGGGACCUUUGUUGCCUUACGACACCCGGCAUCUUCUCCAGCAGUGGCUCCUCAUCAACCGUGCAUGUGCUAGUGGUCUUGUGCGUCCUGGGCGGUCGCAGCUUUACGUGCUGACCGGUUCCGUGCAGCCUGACGGCAAGCUUGCUCUAACUCGUGUCUUCCCUUGGCACAGAAAGGACACAAACAUUGCACUGGCCACUCGCAAGUGGAAGCACCACAGAUGUUGA